AUGAAUACACAUGGAGAACAAGUCAAUCUUGUUUGGUUCGAUCCCAACUUGUUCAGUGAGGAUAAUACAGUGAUAUUAAACAAUUUAUUGGAUGAAUUUCCUAACAUACAAACACUUGUCGAAGAAGAACAAUUUUAUACAUUAGUUGAAGGUCGUGCAAACCGACGAAUAGUGCUCAUUAUUAGUGGUAAAAAAGGUGAAGAGAUUAUUCCUAGAAUUCAUGAUCGUUCGGAUAUUCUAUCGAUAUAUGUGUAUUGUGGACAAAUAGCAAAAUACAAAUAUUUGGAGACAAACUACUCAAAAGUCCAAAAGGUCAUAAAUGAUCCUAAUGACCUGCUUUCUACGAUCAAAUCAGAACCAAAUUUAAGCAAAUGA